UCCAAAUCCAAACAAUAUGUAACCCCACUUAUUUCAGUUUGAAAUAUUGAGAUAAUAUUUUAACUUAUUUAGUUUUCAUACUUUGUAACUAAUACUUAAUUAGCUAUGAAUAAUAUACAUCAAAAACUGUGGUGUUUAAAGUCUGUAAGAGCACCAGGUAUUGUGUCGCAAAAACGGCUAGAGCAACAUCCUUCUCAUUUUCAACUGGAAAAUUUUAUAUCUGAUCUUACGGAUGCCCGACAAUUUUACCGUGAUAAUAAGUUUUUGAAUGCAGAAAGUGCUUUGUUAGAAAGAUGUGUUUAUCGAAUGAAGCUGAAAUUUCGAUCAAAUAAAGGGUUUAAAGCUUUGCAAAAAAUACUGAAAUCACUUAAAAUGUACAUGAUUGUCGAUAUGGCGACGAUAAUUAAUAAAUUAAUUCAAAUAAACAAUGAAAGUAAUCAAAUUGUGUAUGCACCUGGAAAGUGCAACAUAGAGUAUCUUCUAGUUCGUUUACAAACUGUAGCAAAACUUAUGGAAAGAGUUAUAGAGAUCACAAAAGAAUCAGCUUUAUAUAUACAUAGUGUUAUUGGAAUUGGCCAUAUAUGGAAGGUAUUAGUGGUGUGCUUUGGGAUAAUUUCUAGAUUACGAGUGAAUGCCAUAAAUAUUCUUAAAUACACAUGCACCCUUUACUUGCAAACCAAGCAUUUUUAUGAUAAUUAUUAUGAUAGUACAGCUGAAUGUUGGAUACCAAAUAGAUACAAAUUUCCUGAUGAUUUAAAAGAGUGGAUUGGUCUUGAAUGGUUUAAUCAAGAAUGUACAGAAAAGGAAAGCAAAUCUAUAUUUACUGUUAACUUUGAAAAUGACUUAUCUUUAUUAGAACAUAUUGAAGAUGGUGAUAGUGAAAGGGAAGAAAAAACUGCAAAUGAAAUGAGAACUCAACCACAACACAAUAGUUAUUUAAAUAAAAAUACAGUUACAUCUUCAAAAACUAUGCAUCUAAAUAUUGUACCUAAAUAUGAUUUAGAAGAUAUUGGAGAAAUUGUAAAUAGAGAAAUGGUUAAAAGUCAAUUAAUAAAUAAAAAACAAAAAAAGAAGUUGAAGAAAAAGCAGGACAAAAGUAAUUCUGAGGAAAACAAAAUUGUCAGCAAAGGGAGUAGUUGUAUUACUAAAAAGAAGAAAAAGAAACUGAAGAAAAUGAAAGUACUGGUGAACAAAAAAGGAAAAGACAAACAUUAGAUAACAUGAAGUAUUUGUAUUUGAUUUGCUGUUUUCCAUUUUUUUUAAAUAAAAUAAUUGAAAUCUAA